AUGUCGAGCACGAACGCAAACACAGUCGACACCAGUGUUGAGUCUGGGUCAAUACCUCCCGGGAUAAUACAGGCUGUUAAUGAAAUGAAACCUAAGCCGUCAAGGAAGAAGCUACAUGGCCGUGAAUUCUACGAGAGUAUAGGCAGCCCAAAGAUGGUCGUUGCACCAAUGGUAGAUAGAUCCGAAUUUGCCUGGCGAAUGCUCACUCGUUCGUUCAUGGGAGAAGGAAAUCCUACUCCCAUCCUAGCCUACUCGCCUAUGUUCCACGCCCGAUUCUUCAAUGAGGCGCCCGCAUACCGCACACAGCAUUUUGAACCAGUACGCCAGGCCAAAACAGUCGGCACUGAUGAAACCACCGCGGAGCCGUAUCUAGAUGGAAACCCAAAGCACGACAGACCACUCAUCGUUCAAUUUUGCGCCAACGAUCCAGAUGAGCUGCUCAAAGCUGCGCGCCAUGUUGAAGCACACUGCGAUGCAGUUGAUUUGAAUCUCGGAUGUCCUCAGGGCAUCGCAAAGAAAGGACACUAUGGUGCUUUCUUGCAGGAGGAUCCAGAUCUAAUAUACAAACUUAUCAAUAAGUUACAUAACGAGCUUUCGAUACCAGUGACAGCCAAGUUCCGGAUUCUUGAAACAAAGGAGAAAACACUCGAGUAUGCGCGUAUGAUUCUUUCUGCUGGUGCGAGUAUCUUAUCCGUGCAUGGCAGGAGGAGAGAGCAAAAGGGCCAUAAUACCGGCGUGGCGAACUGGGAGUAUAUUCGAUACUUGAGAGAUAACUUACCCCCUGAGACUGUUAUUUUCGCAAACGGGAAUAUUUUAAAUCAUAGUGAUAUUAGUCGUUGCUUGGAGGUUACAGGGGCAGACGGUGUGAUGAGUGCAGAAGGCAAUCUUUCGGAUCCAACGAUCUUCUCGACGCCUCCAGCUCCAGGCGAAGAAGGGAGGAUGUAUUGGCGUGGCAGAGACGGGAGAGGGGGGUUUAGGCUUGACUAUGUCCUACGACGGUACAUGGAUAUUAUUUAUAAAUAUGUUCUCGAACAGGAUCCUCCGCAGAGAGCACCGCUAUAUCAUCCAGACGACGAACCUGCUUCGGAAUCUAAUGGCCAGAUACAGACAGAUGAAGCUGUUGAAGAUGAAAGCGAACAACCCCCUAGGAAGAAACAGAAGCAAGGAAAACGUGCGAAGAGAACUCCAUCAACCAAUCUAUCUUCCAUGCAAGGCCAUCUAUUCCAACUCCUUCGACACCUUGUCUCGCACCGGACAGACAUCAGGGAUGCGCUCGCACGCUGUCACGGAGGAGACAUGCCUAAUUUUGAAAAAGUUGUCAAACUAGUUGACCACGCUGUCAAGCAAGGCAUGCAGGAAUAUGAGCAAAACCCGGACUGGAAGCACGUUGUUCCCGCCUCGAAACCGGGGGUGGUCAAAUCGGAGGAAUCAAAGGCGACGAUGGAGAAGUAUCAGAGACCUUGGUGGGUAUGUCAGCCAUAUAUCCGACCACUACCUGAAGAAGCACUGCAAAUUGGGUCAUUGCAGUUGAAGAAGAAGGAUAAGCUUGCUGAGGAAGCACAGCUUAUUGACAUCAAGGCUGGUGCUGUUAAGGGGGAACAUGGGAAUGGAAAUGGAGUUCCUGUUAGCAGUCUUGAGCCCGUUAAUGGUAAAGGAGACGAGAAUAAUGUUACUAUCACCCCUGACCCGUUGGUCAGUGGAUAG